AUGGCUUCCUCAAGAUGUCAGUUCCUCGACCUUCCGCUCGAGAUCCGGCUUGAUAUCUACACCCAUCUCCUUCUUCACCCUCCUAUCGACAAACUUAAUAAGGCCCGGCCUGUAAUACGGUUACACCCAGCCAUUCUCGCCGCGAGCCGACAAACUCAGGCCGAGGGCACAGCCAUCCUCUAUUCCAAAAACAUAUUCCUGGCGCACACAACGCUGCUCGCCUCUUUCCCGCGGUUGCGGCCCUGGUAUCCACCCAUACGGGAGCGCUCGGUGCUCCAGCACAUCCGCCGCUUCCACAUCCGCGUGCGGCUUGACUGCGACCCGGCUUUUGACGCCAGCGCCGCGGCAGCAGCGUUCAGCGGCGUCGAAGAACUCAUCAUUGAAGUGUGGCAGGCCGUGUUCCAGGGGGCCGACCACGCCACGUUGCGGGUUUUCGAAGGCGUCCGCGGCGUCAGGGACGUUAAGGUCUAUGGGAGCAUCACCGGAUUUAAGGAGUAUGUUCGCUGGCUCGAGGGCGUGAUGCGCCGCGGCGCUGAUGGCGGCGGGAGGGCCUCGCCUGUUGAGAAUGACGACAAAAUUCAACGGUUCCCAGAGCCCUUCGUCAACGAAACUAUCUCAGUAACAACCACUCAGUCUCGACAUUCCAGCAUUGCCUGA